CAAGUCACAAGUCACAAGCAAAGCAUAAAAGGCACAGAGGGCAUCUCUUUCUUUUACACCUACCAUUCUACCAUCAUUUCACUCCUUCUCCAAACCAAAUGGGCUCCAAAAAUAUAACUUUGGCUCUCUCAUAUACCUUGGUGUUGAUGAUGCUAGUUGGCUUUGCAAGCUCAAACUUGGACCAAGAUAGAGCUGAAUGUGCAGACCAACUUGUGGGGCUAGCCACAUGUCUUCCUUAUGUUGGUGGUGAGGCCAAAGCUCCAACCUUAGACUGUUGCACAGGAAUCAAACAAGUUCUGCAGAAGAGCAAGAAAUGCCUCUGCAUACUCAUCAAGGAUCGAGAUGAUCCCAAUCUUGGGAUUAAGAUCAAUGCUACUCUUGCAUUGAAUCUCCCUACUUCUUGUCAUGCACCAGCAAACAUAUCUGAAUGUGUUUCUCUUUUGCAUUUGGCACCUAACUCAACGGACGCUAAAAUAUUUGAGGGUUUCACAAACAGCACCAAAGGGAGUAGCACAACAGUUGCCAGUGUUCAAGGGAGUUCCAAUAGCACUGGAUCAAGUGCUGAAGAAAAGAGUGAUGGUGGAAAGCGAAGGGUUCAUGGGAUUUUACUAUGGUUUUUCACGUUAUCACCCCUGCUCUUUUAUGUUUGAUACUAUUUACAUGCCCCUAUAUUUUGGUCAUUAUUAAUUGUAUCUUACUUUAUAUAAUAUGCUAGACUCUAUUUUCUUUUCUCCAAAUGCAUUUGUGUGACCUUUCCUACUACAAGGACUAAUUGGACCAGUGUUCAACUAUUUUCAACUGUUUUCCAUUUGAUGGUGAUGCUACUCUGGAAUAUGAAGACAAAAUUCCUGCAACAAAUGGUAGGCACAAGCAGAGAAGGCUUUACUAUUUUUCCUUUUGGUUUCCACUAAAAAAACAAAGUUAAAAAAAGAAAAGAAAAAAGGCAUAUUAGUUUUGUAAGGUUCUAGCCUAGGUGAUGAUUGGACUAUUUGGAAUUUUGGAUUUGUUGCAAUGACAGGAACAAUUAAUAAUUUGAGCUCA